AUCACUAUACCAAGAUGGCUCCGAAAGUAAAUGUGUUCGUUGUCGCUGCUCUGGUGUGUUUUUUCACCGUGAGCCUCAUUGAUGCUCAUCCACGUGGCGAAAGCAUAGAAAUGAAACUACUUAAAGACCUAUUGAGCAUUCCACAGAAGACGUCGACGAAACUGCGAUUUAACGCCACAAACGUUGGAAUGUCAUGGAAGAACUGUGGUUCUCAGAGUGAUCCAAUACGUGCCAAUGUAUCUCUGAUGCCAGAUCCUGUACCAGUGCCUGGUAAAGUCACAGCUGCAUUCGAUGCUAUCUUUGAUGUCAAUGUUCUUCCCCCACUGAAAGUUGUUUUGGAAAUUAAAAAAGAGGUUGCUGGUAUCUGGGUACCUAUUCCAUGCAUCGACAACGUUGGUUCCUGUACAUACGAUGACAUCUGCUCUCUGAUUCCAAUCCCACCCACAGAGCCAUGUCCACCACCAUUCAGUACGUAUAAGAUACCAUGCACAUGUCCAUUUCCAAAGGGUACGUACAAACUCCCAUCAAGUGACAUAGAAAUACCAGAAAUACCAAAUAUACCAGAAUGGCUGACUAAUGGUGAAUAUCAAGCCACGGCAACACUCAGUAACCAAGGCAAACGAUUAGCUUGUUACACAGCACAGUUGUCCAUCAAGGCCGACUAGGACAACAUUGGAUCAAUUUUGUGUUUAAAUUUUCAGACCUAGGAAUAUUUUAUAAUUUUCUGUAAGAACUGUGAAUAAAGUCCAUCAUUUUACAUAAA